CUACUUUGGUCGCCUAGGGACGCCUCGGCGAUGGUUCCACCAGGUCUCGCGGAUGAUCUACUCGACCAUUGUAGUAUACUUGCUUCUUUUCUUUCCCCCCUCCGCCCGCCCUUCAAGAGCGCGGGUUUCGCUACUUCGUCUAAGAGGCGCUCUGCUUUGGUCGCCUUGGGACGCCCUGGGUUUGGUCCCGCAUGCCCCCGCGGAGGAUCAACUCGGCCAUUGCGGUUUGCUUCGAGGACGUAAGUACGCUCGAGUGAUCCAACUCACUCACUCUGUUCUUCAACAGUUCAGGUAUGUCUCCCUCCGAGUUGCUUCUGCUUUGGCUGCCUAGGGACGCCCCGGCGAUGGUUCAACCAGGUCUCGCGAUAUGAUCUACUCAGUC